UUGUAGCCUAUAUAUAUUGAGGUCAUAAUGGAAUUGAAAGUGGCCCGGUUUAAUAUAAUUUGGGUUGUUUGAGAUAAUUAAUGAAAGAGAUGAACAUGGAUAGAAGGGUUUAUGAAGCCGCCAUUAAUGGCGACGUGAGAGCUCUGCGUGAGUUGCUCCAAGAAGACAAGCUGAUUCUCGACAGAGUUACUCUGAAUUGCUUCCAAGAAACUCCGCUGCAUAUAGCGGUGAUGCGAGGUCACGUCGAGUUCGCCGGGGAACUUCUUCGCCGGAAUUCUCAGCUUGCGGCGGAGUUGGAUUCAAGAAAUUCGUCGCCGCUUCACAUGGCGGCCGUCAGAGGGGAUUUGGAGAUGGUAAAACUCCUACUUUCUGCUAACACAGAAAUGUGCUUAGCCGGUGAUAGAGACGGCAGGAAUCCCCUCCACCUUGCCGCCAUGAAAGGCCGGGUUGAAGCCGUGAAAGAGCUGCUGAGAGUUCAACCGGCGGCGGUUCGGCAGAGGACGGGUUCCGGCAAGGAAACAGUUCUCCACCUGUGUGUUAAACAUAAUCAGAUUGAAGCUCUCAAGACGUUAAUGGCAAGUGUUGAGGGGGAGAUUAUUGAUGAGAUCAUUAAUGCAACAGAUUCUGAUGGGAACACCAUCUUUCACUUUGCUGUUUCCAACAAACAAAUUGAGAUUAUCAAACAUUUGCUAAGCAACAGCCAAAUAGCUGUAAAUUCAACCAAUGAAAAUGGCUACACAGCAUUAGAUGUUCUAGCACAUGGCCUGCAGAAAGACAUGAAGGAUUUCGAGAUCGGAGAGAUGCUCAGAGGCGCCGGAGCUUUAAGAGCCAAGGAAAUCUCCGGCACUACUCAUCACCAACCUAAAACCACCACUACCACCAACAAUAACCACCAAAAUCCCGCCGGAGACUGGCUAUCAAGAAAACGCGACUCCAUAAUGGUGGUGGCGUCCCUCAUCGCCACCAUGGCUUUCCAGGCCGGAGUAAACCCUCCGGGAGGAGUCUGGCAGGAGGAUUCACUAUCCCCAGAUUCUGCUCACAAGGCGGGGGAAGCUGUGAUGGCAUAUAAUCACGCCAAGGUAUACCGCUAUUUCAUCCGGACAAACACUACAGCUUUCGUCGCCUCUCUCAGCACCAUUCUGCUGCUGAUAAGCGGACUGCCGUUCCGGCGCCGGCUCUUCCUGUGGGGUUUGAUGGUCAUCAUGUGGCUCACCGUUACCACGAUUGCGUUGUCUUACGGCGUCGCCAUUUUCAUCAUCACUCCCAAGCAGUACAGGUCGCAGUUGGGUAAUGUGGUUCAGAUUUCUGUCACGGUUUGGAGCUGUGUCAUGGGUCUGUUGCUGUUCGGGAACACGGUUCGUUUGAUCUUCAGGUGGAUAGAGAAGAAGAAAGGGAAUAUUGUUUCUUGGCCGGAGAAGAAAGCUAGGACGGCUAAUUCUGUUUUUACAAAUGUUUGACCAAGUAAACGAAGUUGUUAGAAGGUUGCUUUCUUCGGUAUAAUUCUUGAAUUCUUAUUUCACUUCUAGUUGUUAAGGUUGCUCAUCCAUCUCAAUCAUAUGCUAUGUAAGCAUUUGAAACCUUUCAGGAUUCUUGAUUCAUUCCAUGAGUAAAAUUGUGUGGAAAGCCCAAAAUAGAUAAUUGGUCAAAUACCUCUCUCCAUCUAGUUUGUGGCACUAAUUUUUUCUAGUGCAAUUUGCUUUUCUUAUAAUGUAUGGCUUUUUUUUUUUUUCUUGUCAA